AUUGUGUUAGCCGAUGUCACUCUGCUUUUAGCCUUUUGCCAAGUGCCAACAGCCAGGUCGAAAGGACAUCUGACCGGCAGCAGGCAGACAUCCGUCGCCCGCCAUGGAGUCCUCAUGGCUCCUCCUGCUCUCGUGCCUUCCGGCCGUAUGGGUGCUUGCCGCGGCGGCGGCGGCGGCGGCGGGGCGGAGUCCCGGCUGCGCGACGAGGUGCGGCGAGAUCGACGUCCCGUACCCGUUCGGCCUGGACCCGCAGUGCGCGAUCCACGCGGGCUUUUGGCUCAACUGCACCACCGUGGAUGGCGCCACCAAGCUGCUCGACAAGAACUCGGAGGUGACCAAGAUCUCCGUGGAGGAUGGCAAGGCCUGGUUCAAGAACUUCAUCUCCCGGCAGUGCUACAACCAAUCCUCGGGUGACAUGUUCGAAAACAACGCGUGGGUCGACUAUACCGGCGAGCCCUACGUUCUGUCGGCAGAGGAUAAUAAGAUCAUCGUCCUCGGGUGCAAUAGUAUGGCCUACAUGCAGAGCGACUCUUACAUAAUCGGCUGCAUGUCGACAUGCGACGGCCCACUGAAGAACGGCUCAUGCUCCGGCACCGCUGGCUGCUGCCAGGCGGAGCUCCCGCCGGGCGUCCAGUUUUACCAAGGCUUCUUCAACUCGCUGCACAACACCACCAAGAUAUGGAAGCAAACACCCUGCAACUACAUCACCGUGAUGGAGAGCGCGGCCUUCAGCUUCAGCUCCACCUACCUCACCUCGACGGUGUUGUACGACUCCGACGACGGGAGGACGCCGGUCGUGAUGGAGUGGGGAAUCACACGGCAGAAGUGCGAAGAAGCCAAAGCCAACAAGACUGCGUACGCGUGUGUCAGCGACCAUAGCGACUGCGUCUACAGCGAUGCCGCCGGCUACCGCUGCAGGUGCUCCGGCGGAUUCAAAGGCAACCCGUACGUCGUAGAUGGAUGCGCAGAUAUUGACGAGUGCUUGGACAGUGCUACCUACCCCUGCGCUGGGAUAUGCAAAAACACACUCGGGAAUUUCACAUGUUCCUGCCCACGAGGAAGAAGCAUGAUCAAUGGCGUUUGCGUGAAAAGUCAGAGGUCAACUUGGAUGGCGCCGGUUGUUGGCGCAAGUGUUGGGCUGGUGACUCUCGUGAUCGGCGUUACCUGCGCAUACCUGGUCCGAGAACGGCGAAAGCUGCACCGCGUCAAGCAGAGCUACUUCCGGCGGCACGGCGGCCUGCUCCUGUUCGAGGAACUGAAGUCGCAGCACCACCAGCAGGGCGCCGCCGCGUUCACGAUCUUCUCCGAGGAAGAGCUGCAGCAAGCCACGGACAGGUUCGACGCGCAGCGGGUCCUUGGCCACGGGGGCCACGGGACCGUGUACAAGGGAGUGCUGAAGAGCGGCACCGCCACCGAGAUAGCCGUGAAGAGAUGCAUGACCAUCGACGAGCAGCAGAAGAAAGAGUUCGGCAAGGAGAUGCUCAUCCUGUCCCAGGUCAACCACAGGAACAUCGUGAAGCUCCUCGGCUGCUGCCUCGAGGUGGAAGUCCCCAUUCUCGUCUACGAGUUCGUCCCGAACGGCACGCUGUUCGACCUCAUCCACGGCGACCACGGCCAGCGCGUCUCGCUGGACACCCGCCUCAGGAUCGCCUACGAGUCCGCCGAGGCGCUGGCCUACCUCCACUCCUGCGCGUCCCCGCCGAUCCUCCACGGCGACGUCAAGUCCACCAACAUCCUCCUAGACGGCGACUACGCGGCCAAGGUCUCCGACUUCGGCGCGUCCAUUCUGGCGCCGAACGACAAGUCGCAGUUCGUCACCGUUGUGCAAGGCACGUGCGGGUACCUUGACCCGGAGUACAUGCAGACGUACGAGUUGACGGACAAGAGCGAUGUGUACAGCUUUGGGGUCGUUCUCCUGGAGCUGCUCACGGGCAAGAAGGCGUUCGACCUCCAAGGGUCUGAGCAGGACAGGAGUCUCUCCAUGAGGUUCUUGUACGCGAUGAAGGAGAACAGGCUUGAGGACAUCCUAGACGAUCAGAUCAAGAACAGUGAGAGCAUCGAGUACCUUGAGGAGAUCGCAGAGCUGGCGAGACAGUGCUUAGAGAUGAGUGGUGUGAAUAGGCCGACGAUGAAGGAGGUUGCAGAUAAGCUUGGUAGGUUGAGGAAGAUCAUGAAGCAUCCAUGGGCACAUGAGGAUCCUGAAGAAUUGGACAGGUUGCUUGGAGAGCCGUCUACUACAACUAACUCGACCGCUACUACUGGGAAUUUCAUCAUUGCAAUUGGAGAGCCGUCUACAGCCAACUCCACCGCUAACACUGGGAAUUUCAGCAUUACAAAGAGAGCUGCCAUGGGCUUGGAAUCAGGACGUUAGCUACUGUAAAUGAAAUUAUAUUUACCUCAUUCCAUAUGUAUAUAACAGAUAGAGACUGUACAUUUUCUUGGCGGUACAAUUCCAGUUUUACAUUACCAACAUGAAUAAAACAAAGACGCAAAGCUUUCUCUGAG